AUGGGAACGGAGAAAAGAGAGUCCGCGACGAAGAGGGCACGUAUAGAGUUCUUGCCGGUAUGUGAGCACGGAGCUAUACUGCUCACCUCGCGAAGCCGGGCGGCAGCGAGGGAGCUUGUAGACGAUCGUCUCCCGACCGUGGUGGAGCCAAUGAGCCAGAAGCAAGCGGUGUUGUUGCUGCACAGGAAGGUGGGUCAGACGAACGACGGUGAGGCAACAGAGAAGCUCGUGGCGGCGCUCGAGUACAUGCCGCUCGCCAUAUCGCAGGCAGGGUCUUGCAUCGAGAAGAAAGCAUCCCGAUGCACCGUCGAGCAGUAUCUCGGUAAACUGGAAAAGAGCGAGCAGUCGACGACCAGUCUGCUCAGCGCCAAAUCGGACGAAUUGCGGAGAGGCCGCGAGACGAACAAGUUGAUUAUGUUGACCUGGCAGAUCUCCUUUGAGCACAUGUAUGAGAACAGGCGCUCGGCGGCAGACCUGCUCUCAUUAAUGAGCUUCUACGACCAUCAAGGCAUCCCAGCAAUGCUCCUGAGACAUCCAGAGUCGGACAGUGCCUCAAACAGCUCCGUUGAUGACGCCUUCGAAGACGACGUCGAUGUACUGCGUGACUUCUCCUUCAUAUCCGUCGCGCCAAGUGGGUCAGCAUUUGAGAUGCACCGCUUGGUGCAGCUAGCAACACGAAGACAGCACGACCAAUGGGCGGAGCACAGCGUUCGACGGCUUGACGCAGUCCUUCCCGAUGCCGAGUACGAGGCCUGGUCCACAUGCCGUUUGCUCUAUCCACAUGCGAAAGUGGCACUCAGCCUAAGCUCGACCAAUUAA